GUUUGCAGUUUUCCACUUUUCAGGGCGGCGAGAUGGCGAUGGAUGGAAGCAGUGGAGGAGAUGAAUUCGCAGUUGGAUGUUUGCUAUCUAUAAAAACUACUCUUGGAGACGAAUUUGAAGGUCAAGUCAUAACCUACGAUCGCCCUUCUAACAUUGUCGUCCUCCAAGAAGGUUUGAAAUCAAACCCACAAUCACGCCGCAGCAUUAGGUUCCUCAAAGCUAAUUACAUCAAAGAGUUUUCCUUUUUGGGUCAAUCUGAUGAUCCACUUGAUCUCAAGAAAUGUUAUCUUGAUCUUAAUUCGCUCCAAUCGAAAGAGGAAGCCGCUGUGAGACAAGCAGAGAUAGAUGUUGAAAGGAUUGGAGUUGGUGUUACUGCUGAGGCUCAGAGCAUUUUUGAUGCUUUGUCAAAAACGCUACCCGUUCGUUGGGACAAGACUGCAAUAGUCGUGAUGAAUGAAGUUCGUGUUAGCAGUCCAUAUCUUGCUGAAUCCGUUACCGGAGGAACUCCUGCUGCCAAUGAGCGAGUGAGGAAAGUGCUCGAGCUCGAAAGGAGGAGGUUGCAAACUCGCGGAGCUGGUCAAUGAACACCGAGCCUUCAAGGUACGAAACGAUGAUCAUUUCGAUAUGUGUCAAUUGACCAAAGUUUUAGACUUCCAUAAAUUGCUUAUCAUGUUUUUUUUCACCAUACCCGUUGUCGAUAUAAUAUUCGGUCUAAUAUUAUGUGAGACUGAUUUCUGCAUUUCUGGUCUUGAUCCUGCAACUUCUAAGUGAUCUGAAUGCUUUGAAAUGCUAUGAAUAAUCAGAAGCAGGUUCUUGAGGUUGA